AUGCCUCCUCCUCCUCUUCAGGUUUGGAAAUAUGUGAGAAGCAUAGUGAAGCCUGAAAUGUUAAUGACUGAUAUACGUGAGACCCUGGAGAAUUCUGUUCGUAAGCUGAUAUCAGAGAAUGGUCUUCAAGCUGAGGUGCUCGUGGCUGUCUCGAAGCUUGCUUAUUGA